AUGAGCAUCACACGGGAACACCCCUCUCUGCGCCUCUCAGUCCUCCCGCAAACGUUCUUCGUUCGUCAGACCACCGAAGUCCCCAACGACGCCCUUGCCAGGCUCUGCGCGGAUCCGCGAGCGUUCCUCUCCAUCACCCGCACUGCGGACGAGUGGUCGCUCGUCGGGGAGUGCGCGGACGGCGACCUCGACGGGAAAUGGAUGUGCAUCAAGGUUGCGGGACCGAUGGACUUUGGGCUGACGGGCAUUAUGUGCGACUUGAGCACGCCGUUGAAGCGUGCUGGAGUACCGAUCUUCGCCAUCUCAACAUGGAACACGGACUACGUCCUCGUGCCCAAGGAAAAAGUGGGCGACGCUGUGCUCGCCCUACGCGGAGAUGGAUGGCUAUUUGACAGUAGCGUGCCGGAGAUGAGCUCCAGCCAGGGGCCUGGUUGA